AGACAAGUCAUAGCAAGAGGACUUCAUCAGGGCCACAGUUUUACUUAAUUUAAUUCAAAUAAAUGAUCUCAUAGGAAUUUAAUUUGUGUAAUAGCAUUGGUGAGUGUCAUACACAUCACAUGCAUAUAUGGCAUUCAACAGUCCCAUCACAACUGCUGUUACUUUUCAAGCUAAAAUCCUGCAACACGUUCCCUUUUGCUUCUUCCUUUUAUCUUAAUCGUUUCAUAUUUUUUCCCUCUUACACUGAAAGUAUAUAUUUUAUAGGCCCAGUUGGUAGCAGGCCAAGUGGUGAUUAAAUCCACACAACAGUAAUACAACAUUGCAUUUGCCCAACGGCCAAAGAAGCAGACAGAAGAUGGUUUCCAUCACAGAGGACAUGGUUCGCCAGCGAGCGGAGCACAACGAUUGCGAGAUCUCCUCCUUGGAGGAAGUUACUUUGCAUCAGCAGGACAUUGAGAGGAUCGAAUACCUGGACAGGUGGUGCAGGGACCUGAAGAUCCUCUACCUGCAGAACAAUCUCAUUGCCAAGAUGGAAAAUCUCAGUCGCCUGAAGAAACUGGAAUAUUUGAAUUUGGCCUUGAACAACAUUGAAGUAAUUGAAAACCUUGAAGGCUGCGAGAGCCUCCAGAAGUUGGACCUAACAGUGAAUUUCAUCGGCCGUCUUAGCAGCGUUGACUCUCUGAGACACCACAUCCACCUCAGAGAGCUGUUUCUGGUUGGGAACCCCUGUGCUGAUUUUGAGGGCUACAGGCAGUAUGUGGCAGCCUCUUUGCCACAACUUAAGUGGCUGGAUGGGAAGAAGAUCAGCCGCUCUGAGAGAAUUCAAGCGUUUCAGGGUCUAGAUGAGGUGAGGAGACGAGUGUUGGUGCAAGAGGAGGAUUAUCUGAGGACGAGGGCAGAGGAGAAGGAGGUGGCAAAUAGGAAAGUUGAAUUGAAGGAAGGAGAAUGCAAGGAGAAGAGAGCAGCUCUGGAUUUGCAGGAGAACAAGGAGAACCGGGAGGUACAGGUGAACAUGAAGGAGGUGACAAGCUGCGAUCUGAAUGAGGAGCAGCAGGAGAGAGAGUUCUGGAACACACCGUGUUCCUUUACCCCCGAGUCUCGUCUGGAGGCUCAUCGCUACCUGGAGAGGAAGAAGGAGAAGGAGAAUGUGAAAGAAAAAAAAACAAAGGCCCCAAGGACUCUGAUCACUGCUGAUGGUCGAGUCAUGAACGUCAAUGAGCCCAAGCUGGGAUUUUCUCUAACUGAGGAUGAAGAAAACAACGCCAUUGUCUUAGACCUGGCUGUGUACAGACAUAUGGACACCUCUGUGUUGGAUGUAGAUGUCCAGCCAACGUACGCCAGAGUCAAUGUCAAAGGAAAAAUAUUUCAAAUGGUUCUGCCUGCUGAAGUGAAGCCUGACAGCGCGACAGCUCAGAGGUCCCAAACCUCCGGACACUUGGUCCUUACAAUGCCCAGGGCUGAAGGUGAGAUCAAAGUGACAAAAACUGUCCCAAAUCCAGCCAGAGCAUGUCCAACCAGACGCAGCAGCUUGCCAGAUGACAAUGUGAGAAAGAGCAAUGCUUCUGAGCGCCUGGAAGUUGACCCUAGCGCACAUCGGGUCCUUGACCUCAGCAGCAUCAUACCACGUCAGGCCACCAAAGAGGGUCCGCUGGAAUGCUACAGAUCAGCUUCACCUGCCACCGCAGAUUGCAACAGCUUCUCUGGAGAGUUUGUGGAUGACCCAGACGUCCCUCCGCUCAUAUGAAAUAUGAAAAUAUAAUAUGACUAUGAUGUAUGAGAGGUUUUCUUUAUUAAAUUACGGCUAGAAAGUGCAAGUACACCUUUCCUGCUGAA